AUGGAAGAGAAACUUGUGGGGUCUGCGGCGGCGGCCGUCGAGGAGGCGCCCGUGAAGAGGCAGAAGUCGAGCGAGGAGGUGGUGGGAGAGACGGCGGGAGAGCUCGCACCGGGCAUGUCCGCCAUCAUCCCCGGAUGGUUUUCGGAGAUCAGCCCCAUGUGGCCUGGUGCGGCCUUCAAUCGAACCUCUCCUAGUUCCGUUGAUGUUGUCCCCUCGUUGUUCUUAUCUCCUUCCCCUGGACCACUGUGGCUGCUCUUUCCUUCCUGUUUUAUAUUCCAUUUCCGCUCUGUGCGACCUCCCACUCCAAUGCAUGUUCUGCCAUAUCCGAUGCCAUGCUUCUAGAUAGCCUUUUCGUCAUAACCUCUGAGACGCAAUCGUCUUUCAUGCAUGUUUGGUUAUCUGGGCAAUCAAAUUACAUUUGCCUAUACUGCUGCUGAAUAUGGGUGCCUCAGUUGUGUAAAAAUUUAAUCUUCUCAUAUUAUUUUGUUAUAUACUGGUGACCUGCUCGGCUUAUCCCUUCUACAAUUUCAACUACUUUCUCCCUUAGCUUUUGGGCAUGCUCGUGAGGUGAAGAACAGAGGAAGAAGUUGGUAUGGGUUUGAAGAUGAUUGCUGAAUCUUAUUUAGGCUCUUCGAAUGGAGUCCCCUUUAUUUAAGAUGUCGUACAAUAUAAUGAUCAGAGAAAGCCCGGGCUGUGGGAACAUUAUCAUCCAUUUGAUCCAUGUUCUUCUGUCGUCAUGAACUGUUAUAUCGUUUUAGCAUGGGGUUUCGUUCUUCCCUUCUUAUGGUUUUGUUCAAAACUUGCAGGGGAGGCCCAUUCUCUAAAGGUGGAGCAGAUUUUGUUCCAAGGGAAGUCAGACUACCAGAAUGUCGUGGUAUUUCAGGUAUUCCACUCUCUCCAGUCUGUCUGAAGUUAUCCAUCAUUUUCUUUAAUCCUGCAUCGUAUGCAAACUGGCUCAUCGAUCUGGAUUUCAUUUCAGUCGUCAACAUAUGGGAAGGUCCUCGUUUUGGAUGGAGUAAUUCAACUGACAGAGAGGGAUGAGUGUGCUUACCAGGAAAUGAUCACUCACCUUCCCCUUUGCUCUAUCCCAAAUCCUAAAAAGGUGUGUUGAAUAAUAUUAAUGUACCUUGCUCGUCCUACUCUUCUUGAACCUUGCUAUUUACCUCCCUUGAAUUUACUUCCAACUCGACUUUGUCUGUUUCUGUGCCAUGGAAGAUUAUUUAUAUUUGGGUCACUUUCGUGUUUCUUUUUUUGGGCAUAUGGGUAGCAUGCAUGAUGGCAAUCCUAUCGACAUGCUAGAUGGUAGCAACCACACAGUCAAAAGUCUGUUUUGAGAAAGAAUAAUCACCUUCUCCUACGAUAUGAAAUGUGUCUCAAUUGAUUUUAUUUUUUCCUGCAUCAUAUAAAUUUAGUGUCUUUUUGCCAGUUUUUAGAUUUAACAACUGGAAUGAUUUUUCUUUUUUGGUUCAUAAUUGCUUGCAUUUGGUUACUGUUUGAUAUCCCUUCAAAAAGAUGCCUCUGGGUUCACACUAUCAUCUUUAUUAUACUGUUUAAUUUGUAAUCCUUGGUUUUAAGUUUGAACAUGAAUGACAAGCAUAUCAGCAGACAGUUUUCUCUUUUCUAGGAUCUUGCUGUCUUCGGUUUACCUUGUUCUUCGUUUAUCUUGGAGAUGAACUAAUUCACGUUUCAUUCUAUCAUUGUUGCUAAUGGUCCUGUAAUUAAACUAUUGUUCAUAAUUCGGUGACCCAUUUUAUGAAUUGGCAGAACUUGCCUAACGAAGGGCAAGGAUCUUGAUGGGAUUUUAAGCUGUUUGUUCCUGUAAAGCGUCUUCUGAUUAGAUUUUCUUUUAGGUGCUGGUCAUUGGAGGUGGUGAUGGUGGGGUUCUGCGGGAAGUGGAACGGCAUUCUUCUGUGGAGGAAAUAGAUAUAUGCGAAAUCGAUGCAAUGGUUGUGGAUGUGAGUAGAAAAAAACGAAAGACUUUGCAUUAUUUUGAAUAUUUGGUUGCUUUGACUCAUUAGAUCAUGCCUGGGUUUAAUUUCUUUUUUGGCAUUUAAAUUCCUCCUACUUCCCAGGUAUCCAAGCAAUUUUUUCCAAAUGUGGCGGUUGGGUAUGAUGACCCUCGGGUCAACCUCCACAUUGGUGAUGGUAAGAUUAAGUAGCUCAACUCAAUUUUUUUCACCUUGAUUUCCAAUAAACUGAGCUUAUUAUUAUUCCAACUCGUUGAAUUUUAUUUAUUAAAUAUUUACCUUAUUGACCGAAUGUGUGAAACCCUAUUUUUUUAAAAAAAUAAAAGCCUCUGAUUAGUGCAUCCAAUGUCCAGGUGUUGCCUUCCUCAAGAACGCUGCUGAAGGCUCGUACGACGCAAUCAUAGUUGAUUCAUCUGAUCCCAUUGGUGGGCUGGCCCUCUACAUUGAUCCCAUCUAAUCUGAUACAUUGAUCUCUUGCAUAUAAUUUAUUUAUUUUCCCUUUUGUGUAUCAGGCCCGGCCCAAGAGCUCUUUGAGAAGCCGUUCUUUGAGUCCAUUGCCCGGGCCCUCCGACCCGGUGGGGUCGUGUGCACUCAGGCGGAGAGCAUCUGGCUCCACAUGCACAUCAUCGAAGAUAUCGUCUCCAAUUGCCGCCAGAUCUUCAAAGGGUCUGUGAACUAUGCCUGGACGACAGUGCCAACCUACCCGAGGUGUGUAUAAUCUUGUCAAACCUUGAUGGGUGGGUUGACUUAUUGUUUGUUUUGAAAGACCUAACUAUAAUUCCCUUGGAAAAUGUGACAGCGGGGUUAUUGGGUUCAUGGUUUGCUCCACCGAGGGCCCACCAGUUGACUUCAGACACCCUCUGAAUCCCAUCGACGGUGAUGAAUCUAGAGGGCCCCUAAAGUUUUACAACGCCGAGGUGCUCCCUCUGAAUUAACCCACAAAAAAUAUUGGAUAAAGUUUUGAUCUUUUUGAAAAAAAAAAGGUCUGAUCUUUGAUAAAUUUCUGUAUGUUCAGAUUCAUUCCGCCGCAUUCUGCUUGCCCUCUUUUGCGAAGAGGGUCAUAGCUCCGGAAACUAGUUGA